AUGGCGGGGGCCGGCAGCAACUGGCUCUCCGGGGUCAACGUGGUGCUGGUGAUGGCCUACGGCAGCCUGGUCUUCGUGCUGCUGUUCAUCUUUGUGAAACGCCAGAUCAUGCGCUUCGCCAUGAAGUCCCGCCGUGGCCCCCACGUGCCUGUCGGACAGCACGCGCCCAAGGAUUUAAAGGAAGAAAUCGACAUUCGACUGUCGAGGGUGCAAGACAUCAAGUACGAGCCCCGGCUGUUAGCUGAGGACGACAGCAGGCUUCUGCAGCUGGAGACACAAGGCUGCUAUAACUACCUGUACAGGAUGAAGGCGCUGGAUGCGAUCAGAACAUCUGAAAUCCCGCUUCACGCAGAGGGCCGGUACCCAAAGUCUUUAAUAGGGAAGAACUUCUGUGCCUACCUGCUGGAACUGCGGAAUUCCAGCACCUCCUUCAAAGGCAUCCGCAAAGCCUUGAUCGACACCUUGCUGGAUGGGUACGAGAGUGCCCGCUACGGCACUGGGGUCUUUGGGAAACCGGAAUAUCUGAAGUACCAGGAUGCUCUGAACGAGCUGGCAAACUUGACCAAGGCUCGGGGAGGCAGCAGCCAGCGGCAGCACCAGUCAGCAGCGAAGGACCUCACCCUCUCCCCUGAAGUCUCCAACCCCGCCACCAUCCAGGUCACCUACCUGCCUUCCAACCAGAAGAGCAAACGUGCCAAACACUUCCUGGAGCUGAAGAGCUUCAAGGACAACUACAACACGCUGGAGAGCACCCUGUGAGCCGCGCAGGGAGCACCGCUCCGGGGACCUGCCACGAGCAGAGCCCCUUGCUGGGUGCGGCUGGUGUC